GUUGGAUCUGUUUUUUCAGAGCUCUCGGAGAACUUGCUGGCCAACCAUUCAAAUCUGACAUCCACAGGUAAGUUUUUUUCGGUGUCUGGACUUCAGAUCAAACUUUACUAUCGCUGGAUAUAUUUUGUCAUCUACAAGCAAGCUAACAUCGCAUCUGCCAUGACUUCGUUGAAGAGGAAGGAGGGAAAUUAGUCAAGUGUAUCUUCUGCAGCUCUCAUAAAGCACAUCUGGUGUGGGUGUUCUGCUGCCUCUCCACUGUGCAAGCAAGUUGAAAUCUUAUUUGUUGGAACGCUGGUCAGGGUGCAGACUUCCUCCACACACUGCCAGACGGAGCAUAACCACGGGCGUAGCUACAAGGAGACAUUUUCAGACGGGCCUCUAAGUCAAACAUGGCCGUGGACACGACUACCCCGUAACAGCAGAGGAGGCAUCCCAACUGUCUUCCAAAGUAUUUGGUAAAUAUUUCAUUUGUUUCAAGGACAAAGGACGAAGGUGGAGGAUGAGUUUUGAUCGGAUGCCAUCUAAGUCAGAGGUGAUGGGCUGGAACCCACACCAGCUGGCAGACUAUUUGAGGAGGUUGGAUUUGAGUGGCUGCGACAAAGUCAUCGCAAAAUGUAACAUGAAUGGACAAAGGUUCUUGAACAUGACUGAUAAUGACCUUCAGAAAUUCCCCAAAAUCCAUGCACCACUCAUCACCAAAAUAUGCUGUGAAAUCAACAGGAAAGAAGAAAAAAGGGGGUUCUUUUCAAAAAGAUCUCCAGCACCGAAGUACAAUGAACCAGAAAUUCCCCAAGAGGAACAGCCCUGGGGACCUGAUGAGUUUAGCGACGCAAGCGACGACGACUAUGAGAGCCCUGAUGCCGAAGAUGAUGACGGCAGCGGGGGGGAUUACGAGUCCCCGACGGAGGAGCCAGAGGCCGGAGGCGAGGACUGUGACAACGAUUACGAACCACCUCCCUCGGAGCCGCCCGAGGAGAUCCCCCCCCAGUUCCGUGCUCCCAAGGUCUUUUCUGACCAUGUUUACGUUGAUCGAACAUCGAGGAGCCAACCUCCUCCGCCGCCUCAGCGCCCCGGCACCGGUCCUCCAGCCGCCUCACUCAGCCGUCCCAGUCUAGCGGAGCAUGCCGCCCGAAGAGAGCCGUCUCCACAGCGUCCAGGCCGACAGCCCGGCAAGCUGCCUGGCCCUUUCACCCCCGCUCCCCUGGCUCCGCCAGUUGACCGCAGAAUAAAGCCUACCAAGCUGGACAGAACCAACAUGGCUGAAUCGCCGAUUCAAGCAAGGAAGAACACAGAGAGGCCUGUUCCACCUUCUUGGAGGGCUCAGACAGAAGAGUCCAGGGUACCCAAACCUGCCAUCCCAGUGUCAGCGAAUGUCAGCCGGAGUAGCUCGUCAGUGGGCAGGGCCCUGCCGAGCGGUAACAGAUGUAUUCCAAGAAAUGAGGUCCAUGAUGAAGUAUCCAAACCAGUGAACUCCCACACAUUUCCCAGACCAGGAAUUCCCAGACCAACAAUACCCCCAGAAAGCUUCUCCAAUAUUUCUGCCACAGCGUCUCUUCCUUCAAGACUACAGGCACUGCAGGCCUCCAUCACACACAGGGGCAGUUCUCGGGGUGUGAUGGACAGACAGCCUCCUCAGCCGGGUCAGUGUUCCAUGCCCCCACCUGCAGAACAAGAGGACGAACAGGACUUAAACCCUAAGUGGUAUGUCGGCCAGGUGACACGUGGCCAAGCAGAAGACUGUCUUAGACAGGUCAACAAGGAUGGUGCGUUUCUGGUACGGGACAGUUCGAAGCGCUCGUCCACCCAGCCUUACACUCUCAUGGUGCUCUACCAGGCCAAAGUCUACAACAUCCAGAUCCGCUGUGAACACAAUGAGUUUCUGCUGGGCACUGGUCUGAAGGCCUCCGAGACCUUCCCGAUGGUGGCAGACAUCAUUGGCCAUUACAGACAGACACCACUUCUGCUGAUUGAUGCUAAGAACCGAGGGUCAGGCCAGCAGAACCAAUGUCCUCUCAUCUACCCAGCAGGAGCAGCAAGGUUUUAACAGACAUCCAGGCGAAAGCAAUAACAUGGAGAAAUCCUCAUAACUUACAGUGGUUUUAAAUAACCACAACUAACAUUCGAAUCCAAGUUCCUCGUUUUCACAUGUACAGAAAUUCCAUGUAAAGCUGAAUUGCACUUGGAUGAAAAGUAGACCACUCUCAACAGUUCACUGUAUGGACCUUAACUCACAACCUGUUCAACAAUAUUUCUAUAUAUUUUUUAUUUUUAUCAAUGUGUUUUUAUUUACUAUGAGAAGCACAGGCGCUGUUAGUAAUUCUGUAAAUGCUUGUGUUGUUGUCAGUCUUUUCCAGUCACAUGCAAUGGAAACAUAUAGACAGCAAGUGGUUCUGCUGUGAACCAGAACCCCUAUACAAAGUAAGGAACAUCUGGUGUAGAUGGUCGGUCAUAACUGCUGUUUCAUAACAGGGAAAUUUACCCGCUUCCAAAUUAAACAGUAUUUUCUGCAUUCCUCUGUGGUUAAAAGCAAACAAUGUCAUCUCUGAUUCAGUAGGUAACUGGUGCCUAUUCAUUGUUGUAGGUAGAUGUUACAUUUUAUGAUUAGAAACUUGUGGCUGCUAAACUUUUUACAAAUUGUAGGUCAUUGACUGCAGCACACUAAAAACAUCCUUGACCUCUGUCUCCAAAUCCUCUCAUCGUUAACAUCUUGUUACCAACUUCCAAUGUUUUACUAAUGUGCCUGAAACAUAUGACAUGUGGUGUUGUAAAGUCUGAAACAUAGACAAUGACAUGUGGUGUUGUAAAGUCUGAAACAUAGACCAUGACAUGUGGUGUUGUAAAGUCUGAAACAGACAAUGACAUGUGGUGUUGUAAAGUCUGAAACAUAGACCAUGACAUGUGGUGUUGUAAAGUCUGAAACAUAGACCAUGACAUGUGGUGUUGUAAAGUCUGAAACAGACAAUGACAUGUGGUGUUGUAAAGUCUGAAACAUAGACCAUGACAUGUGGUGUUGUAAAGUCUGAAACAUAGAUAAAUGACAUGUGGUGUUGUAAUAUUAAUACCAGUAUGUCUUAAAGGACAAUGAAUACACAGCCUGUCGGAUCUGCACUACCAGCCGGUUCUAAAACGUUGCCUCAUCCCUUAUCAUUAUCAUAAUUUGUUUCUAUAAAAGAUUUGUCCAUGGUC